CAUCCCUAUUGUGCUCCUCAGUCACAGAUCUGACCGUUCUCACAAUGCAUAUACUGCAGAUCAGCGCUGUGAUUUGUGCUUUCAUCAGCCUUGUCCUCCUCCUCAUCGCCCUGGGCUCAGACUACUGGAUACAAAGUGCCAAGGAGAACAGUGGUCUCUGGGCACAUUGCAGUACUAAGAUUUUGUUCAAUAUUUGUCUUCCAUUUUUUAUAAAAGAAGUACCAGGUUUCUACCAUGCUACCCGAACCUUCUUGUUCUUUGGGGUGAUUGCUGGAGCCAUCUCUUGCAUUGGCCUUUGUGGCAACUUCUUUUCCUUCCAACUUCGCUCCAUCUCCAAGACCAAGAGCUCAGCUAUAGCCAGCCUCGUUGCAGCUCUUUGUGUCAUGAUUGGUAUGGCCAUCUUCACAGGGCAGACAGGAGGAAUUGCCCCUUAUGGAUGGGCUUUUGGCUUGGGCUGGGCGACCUUUCCUCUCUUCCUCAUAACUGGUGGGCUGGCUUUCGCCUUGGAUAGGACUGUGUCAACAGCAGCAUGAAGAAAAGGCUGUGCUUCCACUUCAGAUGACACCUGGGGCACACAGACCCAGCCUGCACUGGGGCGAGUUGGAGCUGGGGGAAACUGAAUAUAAUGUAGGGCUGCCAUAUUUCAAAAAGUGAACAUCCGGACACAAAAGUUGUUGAACUUCUGUUUUGUCUUUUUGGCCAAAGUUGUUGAUCUUUCUUUGCAAAAUCCCUAAGGAUUUUUGAGCUAUCUUUACUGAAAUUUGAGCUAUCUUUACUGAAAUUUGCUGAGAUCUACACUUCUGACAUGAACCAAAUACCUGCUAUGUCUGGGAAAUUCCAGAUGUAUGGCAACUUUAAUGACAAAACUGAUAUUGUUAUAAGUCUGGCAACGUGGUUAAGAAACUCCAAUUGGUGGGGGAAGGAUGAUUAAAGUAUCAUAUUAGCUUAAUGUAUGCUGCUAUUACCAGUUAAGAAUGAUGAUGAAGAUUAUUAUAAUUAUUAUGUAAAUUUAUUUAUUUUGUUUUUUCAAAUUAAAAAUUUACAAUAAAAUAUAAAUAUACAAUAUAGAAAUAAGAUUCCACAGAAUCUCCUGGAGUUCCCU